AUGGCUGGAGGCAUCUUCACCAAUUUGGACAACUUGUGUAAUGUGGACUGUACCAGCGUCCACCCCCUGGUGUGUCACCUCUGCCAUGAGCAGUACCAGUGCCCCUGUCUGUUGGACUGUUACCACAUCUUCUGUGCCCGCUGCCUUCGAGGCCGAACCAGUGACGGCCGCCUCAGCUGCCCCCUCUGUGGUUACCCAUCCGUACUGAAAGGCAGUACUGCUCUUCCACCUGAGGACCGUUUGCUGAAGUUCCUGGUCGACAGUAAUGCAGAUGCUGAAGAGGCGGUCCAAUGUGCCAACUGUGACCUGGAGAGUAACAAAAAGGACAUGGGAAUGAUGUACUACUGUAACACUUGCAGCCAGCCACUGUGCAGCGCCUGCAGGGAGCUAACACACAAGGCCAGAAUGUUUUCCCAUCAUGAGAUUGUGUCCUUGGCCAAACGCACUAAAGCCAAACACAGGAAGUGCUCUCUCCACGAGGAACCCUACAUCCUCUUCUCAACACAGAACAAGUCUAUGCUUUGCAUUAAAUGCUUCAGAGACAUGCAAGUGGAGAGUCGGACUCACUGCAUUGAUAUUGAAACAGCAUACGUGCAAGGGUGUGAAAUGUUGGACCAGGCUGUGCUGGUGGUGAAGGAGCUGCAGACUUCCACCAGAGAAGCAAUCGUGUUGCUGAGAGCGAUGAUAGGAGAAGUGUGUCUGAAUGUGGAGGAAGAAGAGAGUGCAAUUUGUACUCUUUUUAACAACCUGCAGGAGAGACUGGCAGAAAGGAAGAAGAUUCUGUUGAAAGCAGCCCAAAGUCAACACGAGGAGAAGGAGAAAGCGCUCAAAGAACAGCUCUCACACCUCACCGCCCUCCUGCCCACUCUCCAGGUUCAUCUUGUCACCUGUUCAGCCUUUCUCAACUCUGCCAAUAAGUUUGAGUUUUUGGACAUGGGUUAUCAACUCAUGGAGAGGCUGCAGCGAAUUGUAAAGCUCCCUCAUCGACUGAGACCAGUGCAAAGCAGCAAAAUCAACACAGACUAUCGGAGUGAGUUUGCCCGCUGUCUAGAACCAUUACUGCUGAUAGGACAGCGCUGCCCUCCUUCUGUCACCGGCUCCACAAGUGCAAUAAGACUCCAGUCCCCUCUCUCCGUGUCCUGUCGUUCCCCAUCUCUCAGUGAGAUGCCUCUGGGCUCCAUGCUCGGUCGAAGACCCACUUCUCACCGCAAUGUCUGCACCAAGGUCCUCCUGGCCGAGGGGAAGGAAACUCCUUUCACCGAGCACUGCCGAAAUUAUGAGAAUGCCUACAGGACUCUCCAAACAGAGAUCCAGAACCUGAAGGAUCAGGUUCAGGAGAUGCACCGAGACCUGACCAAGCACCACUCCAUCAUCAACACAGACACAAUGGGCGAGAUCCUGGACAGGUCGCUUCACGUCGACAGUCAGAUAGCUGCUCAGUACGCCACCGUGGAAACUAUGAGGGUCAUGUUUGAAGAGAUCUGGGAUGAGACUUUUCAGAGAGUCACUAAUGAGCAGGAAAUAUAUGAAGCCCAGCUUCAUGACCUGAUGCAGCUGAAGCAGGAGAACUCCUACCUGACCACCAUCGCCAAGCAGAUCAGCCCCUACAUCAUGUCUAUUGCCAAGGUUAAAGAAAGGCUUGAGCCCAGAUUUCAGGAAGGGAAAGAGCACCAUGAUGACCGCACAGAAACAAUGCUGAAAAUAUAUGAAGACAGCACAACAGCAAGAGAAAGUCAAACCAGUGACAACCAGGCUUCUGUCACAGACCAAGACAGAGACAAGAACACCCGCCCGCUGAUCCUCGAGUCGGGGGAGAGCUCUGUCAAAACCAACCGUCUGGCCAAGCAAAGGGGCCCCGCGGAGGCGUCCAGCCACAAUGAGAUGCCUUCAUAAACACUGUCAUUUGAUUUCUGCCACCCACCCCCACCCCUAUCCCCCUCCCACCCUUUCCCUCUCAUCCCCUGCCUGUCCCUGUGCAGCCGAUGUGCCUUUAAUGCAAGUAUAACAAGCCCCGGAUGGUAUGCGACUUCCCCGGCUGUCCAGAUACCGAAAGUGUACGUACCUGUCAAGAGCGCCAAGGUGAGCCCAUGGACAAACUCCGCCGGCUCUAACAGGAUGUACAUACAUAUACGGACGUCAAAGACUCGCUGCUGUCAGGGCCUGAAACGCUCAAAGAUAACACUGUCAUUAAGAAUUACAUAGGAGCCAUGGACUGCUUUAAUGGGAGAACAGGAAUGGAAAUGUCUUUUGUUUGCGAUUGGCUGUUAAAAUGAUAAGUAUGCUCAGAGUGUGAAUAUGUUUGCUGAUGUGUGAAUUGCCUUUGCAGUAUCUUUUCUUUGCAUAAAACAUUUUUCGAAAGCUUGA